AUGUCUUACGCACAAGCAGCAGCUUCAGGUCCACAACAGACUGAUGAGGAGAAACGUGCUCCUGCCCCACCAUCUGUCAUCCCCACCGAAAGUGCCUCCACCUCCUCCUUAAUUGACGUCGACACCGAUUCGGUGCACACUGUUCCUUCAGACUUCCAAUCACAGCCAGUCCAAACCGAGACACAAGCCAACCGUCUCGAGCAAGAAGCUGAACAGAUUGAGGCUAAGCUUCGCGCUGCAAAGGAUGCCGCUUCCAAGAAAUCGAAGAAGGGCAAGAGCCGUGUUCAAGAGAACAGUGAUAACCCAGUCGUGAUUGGAAAUGCGAUCGCCGUGGCAGCAUUGAGCGCUGGAUUGGGAUUCGGAGCAUACUCAAAAUACGCCAAGGGAGAGUUGACAUGGAAGGUCGUGGGUGCGUGGGCUGGUGUUGUGGGUGCUUUGGCUGUUGGAGACUAUUACUUGAGCUCGUACCUUUUCAAGACCAAGUACCCAGCCAAGAAGUAG